AUGGAGCGAGGAGCCUGGGGCGGCAAGUUGGAGUUCCUCCUGACGUGCAUCGGAUCGGCUGUGGGACUUGGGAAUGUUUGGAGGUUUCCGUACUUGCUGUUUGAGAGUGGAGGAGGAGCCUUUCUCAUUCCUUUCGUGUUGAUGCUCUUCCUCAUCGGCAUCCCGCUUUUCUACCUCGAGAUUACUUGGGGACAGUUUGCAAGUUUGGGUCCUCUGGCGAUUUUCAGAUCAAUUCCCAUAUUUAAAGGUAUAGGCUUCGGAAUGAUUUUCACAAACAUCACAGUGGCUUUGUACUACAACGUCAUCAUAACGUGGUGUCUCUAUUAUUUUUUUGCUUCGUUAACUUCUCAACUCCCAUGGGAAUAUUGCAAUAACGCUUGGAACACUAAAUAUUGUGCCACGUCUGAACAAUUCAAAAACAACAUUUCAAAUACAGAGGGAGAUUUCAUCGAGUGGAAUGGAAUAAAUAUGUCUAAAUCCGAGUUGGUAACUCCAAGUGAAGAAUAUUUUUAUCGAAAGGUCCUACAGCUCUCUCCUGGCUUGGAGAAAUCCGGCACGAUAGUCUGGCAGUUGGCUCUCUGCCUCUUUCUAGCCUGGACCCUGGUCUUUCUCGUGCUCAUCAAAGGAAUCGCAUCGCUGGGCAAAGUUGUUUACGUGACAUCCACAUUUCCCUACCUGCUGCUCACUCUGAUGCUGGUUCGUGGCGUCACCUUGCCCGGGGCCUCCAUUGGAAUUCAGUUCUACAUGCUCCCUGAUUUCUCCAGACUGGCAGAUAGCAAGAAGGUAUGGAGCAAUGCAGCCAUCCAGAUAUUCUAUGCACUGAGCACGUGCACUGGAGCUCUCAUCGCCAUGUCCAGCUACAACAAUUUCAAGAAUAACACACUCAGAGAUGCGUUAAUUGUGCCGAUCGUCAACGUCCUGACGAGCAUCUACGCCGGCUUUGUCAUAUUCUCAGUACUCGGCUACAUGGCUGAUAUGCAGGGGAAAAAAGUGGAAGACGUGGCGGCUGAUGGUCCAGGGUUGGUGUUUGUAGUGUACCCCGAAGGGUUGAGUACCAUGCCCGCUGCCCCCGUCUGGAGUGUCCUCUUCUUCCUCAUGAUGAUGAUGCUGGGAUUCAGUUCCAUGUUUGGAAUGGUGGAAUGUUUCUUUGUGGCUUUCAUGGACGAGUUUCCAAUGUUGUUGAGGAAAUCAAAGGAGAGGACGUAUCUCUUCAGAGGUGUCGGCAUCCUUAUCAUGUACCUCAUCUCUCUGCCCAUGGUCACCAAUGGUGGAUUUUAUCUGUUUUCGUUGGUGGAUUCCUUCACUGGUGGCUUUCCACUGUUGAUUAUCGGUCUGUUCGAAUUGCUCACCCUUAUGUUCGUCUACGGCUACAAAAAUUUUGAGGAGGAUAUGUCAAUGAUGAUGGGUGACAAACCCGUCAUGUUCAAGUUCUUCAGAGUCACUUGGUGCAUCAUUUCGCCUUUUGUCAUUUUGCUCUCCGUGAUAGCGACAGCAGUAAGUUAUAAGAAGCCCACACUUUUUAACGGGACCUACGUAUUCCCAGCCUUCGGAGAGGCUAUCGGCUGGUUGAUAGUAACAUUCUGUCUUAUGUUCAUUCCUUUGUACAUCAUUUACUACAUGAGGAAAGAUUUGUAUAAAUUGUACAAGCAAGGCAUACAGUCGGAGCCAUCGUGGGGGCCAGCGAAAGCAGAAGACAGGACAGGCAGGUACAAAGUCUCAAGAUACUCAAGAACUUCCUACAUCCAGAAAAACAUGACGAUAGUCGUGAGUCAACGAAGCAUAAACAGCAACACAACAUACAACGUUCACGACUUAGAGGCUGGCGACAAAGACCUUGGAUCGAGGGACGAAGGAGUUAAUAACGUAGCGUACAACUACGAUGUUGACAAUGAGACUACCUUCCAAGCGAAUUCAACAUAUUCAUAUCUAUCUGGAAGUAAAAACGAUUCAAACAAAAGGAAACAACAUAAGAAUGAAGUUAAUGGUCUGGAUCGAGUUGAUGAACAGCCGAACACCACAAACGUCGAAAUGAAUUUUCAAAGUAAAAAUCACGUAGACAAAUUUUAGCUGACGUUUAACAGCGUGUGUCUGAAUUUAUGGGAUGAAUGAACUGUCGAUGCGAUGUGUGAAAUUACAUUCGUAAACACUACUCUUUAAAUUAUCAUUGAAAAUACAAAUAGUUCGCUAGAGUGAUUGUUAAUUUAAUUUUUUGGACAAGAAAUAAAAUAAAUUUGGAAAAAAUUAUAAAA